AGAGCCGGGCGGCCGGCUGGUCGACCCGCCCCCGCCGGGGAAGAAGGGGAGAGCGCAAGGGCCACGCCGACGCCCGCGUGCCGUCCUCCCUCUCCCCGCCGGCCGGGACGGGACAGAGGGACGGGACACGCGCGCGGACGCGCGCGUCGGCGGCGACUGGCUCGCGCCGCCGGCCCCCCGGCCCGCGCGUCCCCCCCGGGCGAGGGGACCGCGGGGCCGCCCUGCGACGGCCCCGGACUCCCGUCCGCGCCACGCCUCUCCCCCCGUCCCCCGGCCCAGCCCGCGGGCGAGGACCCGCGGCGGGGAAGCGGAGGAAGGGGCGCGGCACCCCGAGGCCGGGAGGCGCCGCCAGGGGCGGCCCCCUCCUCUCCUCUCCUCCCACGUCGGCCCCCGCCCGCUCCGCGGAGGACGGCGGUCCCCCCCGCCCCCGACCGGGGCCCGGGGCCGAGGACACGCCGCCGCCCGCCCGCGGAGAGGCGGAGCCCCCGCGGAGGGAAGAGAGAGAGAGAGAGCGAGCGACAAACCCUUGUGUCGAGGGCUGACUUUCAAUAGAUCGCAGCGAGGGAGCUGCUCUGCUACGUACGAAACCCCGACCCAGAAGCAGGUCGUCUACGAAUGGUUUAGCACCAGGUGCCCCACGAACGUGCGGUGCGUGACGGGCGAGGGGGCGGCCGCCUUUCCGGCCGCGCCCCGGGUCCCGGGACGGAGGGCUCUCCGCACCGGACCCCGGUCCCGACGCGCGGCGGGGGCGCGCCGCGCCGCGGCCCCGCGGGGGGGGAACGCGGGCGACGGCCCGCCGGCGGGGACGGCGGGGGACCGGCUAUCCGAGGCCGACCGAGGCUCCCGCGGCGCUGCCGUGUACCGCCCCAGUCAAACUCCCCACCUGGCACUGUCCCCGGAGCGGGUCGCGCCCGGCCGGCGCGCGGCCGGGCGCUUGGCGCCAGAAGCGAGAGCCCCUCGGGGCUCGCCCCCCCGCCUCACCGGACUAGAGUCAAGCUCAACAGGGUCUUCUUUCCCCGCUGAUUCCGCCAAGCCCGUUCCCUUGGCUGUGGUUUCGCUGGAUAUUCUAAGUCGGCUGCUAGGCGCCGGCCGAGGCGAGGCGCCGCGCGGAACCGCGGCCCCGGGGGCGCACCCGGCGGGGGGGACCGACGCGCCCGCCGCCGCGGGCCGCGAGGGGCGGCGGGGGGGGGGUGGGGCGGGGGAGGGAGGGACGCGCCGCGCGCCCGCCGACGGCGGGGCGGCGCGGGCGGGGGGAGGGCCCCCGGCGCCCGCGCGCGCCGCCGCCGCCGACGGCCGGCGGACGCGCCCGGCCCCCGGCCCCGGCCCGCCCCCCCGGGCCCCGCGCGCGCGGCCGGGGGGCGCGCCGGCGCCCGCCGGGCUCCCCGGGGGCGGCCGCGACGCCCGCCGCAGCUGGGGCGAUCCACGGGAAGGGCCCGGCUCGCGUCCAGAGUCGCCGCCGCCGCCGGCCCCCCCGGGUGCCCGGGCCCCCGCGGGGUGCACCGCCCCCGCCGCCGGGGCCCCGGCGGGGCUCCCGGCCCCGGCGCCCCCGCCGCGUCCCGCCGCGCCCCCCCCCACCACGCCCGCCCCGCGCCCCCCCGCGGAGGAGGGGUUACGGAUCCGGCUUGCCGACUUCCCUUACCUACAUUGUUCCAACAUGCCAGAGGCUGUUCACCUUGGAGACCUGCUGCGGAUAUGGGGCCAGCGAGAGCUCACCGGACGCCGCCGGAACCGCGACGCUUUCCAAGGCGCGGGCCCCUCUCUCGGGGCGAACCCAUUCCAGGGCGCCCUGCCCUUCACAAAGAAAAGAGAACUCUCCCCGGGGCUCCCGCCGGCUUCUCCGGGAUCGGUCGCGUUACCGCACUGGACGCCUCGCGGCGCCCGUCUCCGCCACUCCGGAUUCGGGGAUCUGAACCCGACUCCCUUUCGAUCGGCCGAGGGCAACGGAGGCCAUCGCCCGUCCCUUCGGAACGGCAUCUGCACCUGCGGCGGCUCCACCCGGGCCCGCGCCCUAGGCUUCAAGGCUCACCGCAGCGGCCCUCCUACUCGUCGCGGCUUCACCAUCUUUCGGGUCCUAACACGUGCGCUCGUGCUCCACCUCCCCGGCGCGGCGGGCGAGACGGGCCGGUGGUGCGCCCUCGGCGGACUGGGAGAGGCCUCGGGAUCCCACCUCGGCCGCCGGCUGAGGGCGGCCUUCACCUUCAUUGCGCCACGGCGGCUUUCACGGGUCGGGUGGGUGGCCGACAUCGCCGCGGACCCCGUGCGCUCGCUCGGCGUUCCUGCGGUUCUCCCCGAGACGCGACCCCCCGGGCCCGACGGCGCGACCCGCCCGGGGCGCACUGGGGACAGUCCGCCCCGCCCCGACCCCACCCCCGCCCCCGCGAAGGGGGGGGGGAGGCGGGCCGGGGCGGGAGAGCGGUCGCGCCGUGGGAGGGGCGGCCCGGCCCCCCGGGAAGAGACCCCGGCGCGCCCCCCCGCGGGGGACGCCCCCUCGCGGGAGCGGGACCCCCGCGGGGGGGGGGAGCGCCGGGAGGGGGGAGAGCGCGGCGACGAGGGCUGGCUCCCUCGGCCCCGGGAUUCGGCGAGCGCUGCUGCCGGCGGGGCUGUAACACCCGGGGAGGGCGGGCCCGCCGCCGCCGCGAGACGGCGGCGGGGCCCCCCCGAGCCACCUUCCCCGCCGGGCCUUCCCAGCCGUCCCGGAGCCGGUCGCGGCGCACCGCCGCGGUGGAAAUGCGCCCGGCGGCGCCCGGUCGCCGGCCGGGGGGCGGUCCCCCGCCGGCCCCACCCCCGGCCCCGCCCGCCCACCCCCGCGACCCCCCCGCCGCCGCCCGCCGCCCGCCCGGAGGCGGACGGGGAGAGCGGCGAGGGGCGGAGGGAGGGCGGGUGGAGGGGUCGGGAGGCACGGGGAGCGGGAAAGAUCCGCCGGGCCGCCGGCACGGCCGGGCCCGCCGCCGGGUUGAAUCCUCCGGGCGGACUGCGCGGACCCCACCCGUUUACCUCUUAA